AUGAUGAUGAUGAUGAUGGCUCAGAGCGCAGGAAUAAAGAAGUCUAAGCAAUGGUUCACCUCGAUGAUCAGACCAGUCAUGAUACUUGUGAUCCAUGUGCUCGCUUUGACCGUCGUACAACCACGCCAACACACCCCUGCAUUUGUGCUCAACAAUAUCGACGCGGAUUCUCAAGAUGCCCGUCAAGUGAUGGGCCCCGAUGCGAAUCAUAAUCAGUUGCCGUUCAUCAGCGCUCUUGAUACUGCUAGAGCCGACUUUGCCGUUCCGGUGUAUACUACCUGCAGCGCACCUGGAUCAUUUGCACUCACCUUCGACGAUGGGCCGUCGGAGUUCAGUUCAAACUUAGACGGCACCUUAGACGGCUCUAAUUCGAAAGCAAGCUUUUUCAUCAACGGGAAUAACUUCGGUUGUAUCUAUGAUUACGCAGAGCGUCUAGUCGACAGAUUCAACAAAGGUCACUUGAUUGCGAGUCAUACUUGGUCCCACGUUCAUUCAAAUGAAGGGACUUACGACCAAAUUGCAUUCCAACUCGAAUUGAUCGAGAAUGCUAUGAUCAAGAUACUAGGAGUCAAACCGCUUUAUUUCAGACCCCCCUACGGAGAGUACAACGAGGUUGUGUUGCAAGUUUUGCAAGACAGGGGUUAUAGAGGAUUGAUCCUGUGGUCAGAGGAUUCAGGCGAUAGUUUCGGGACACCUCCGAGCUCGUCUGAAAUAAUCGAAAGUUAUCGCUCGUACCCCGAACAAACCAACGUCUUGAAUCAUGAAACUAAGUCGUUUACUGUUAAUGAAGUUAUCCCUAAUGUAAUCCCUAUUCUGAAGGACAAAGGAUUCGAUUUACAAACGGUCCCUCAUUGCUUAAACCUAGGGUCUAAUCCAAGCGACUGGUAUGUCUCCGUCCAACCACCCGGAUCCAGGGAUGAAACUUGGACUUGUGAUGGCACCCCAAUGCCUGGCAGCUUUGAGUAA